AAAACUGACUCUAACGGCGUCGUUUAUCAUAAAUCAUAACUAGGUAUAUACAUGAUGCAGGGUUUUCACAGCUGGCUGGCUUCCAGAUGAAGACUAUACAUUGAGAAAAUUAAACCAGCAAAGACUGGAAAUUGUACAUCGUUGUACCAAUAUGUGACGUCAUUUCACAGCGCGUGGAGCGGAGUUCCUGGAGUACUAUUACACAGAAAGAUUUCUAAACAUCUGUGCCGGGAGUUAAUUCGUGUGAGACAGGAGCAUACAAACAUGUAUUUCGUAUUGCGAUAGAACGGCGGAAUAAGGUUGUGUGAAGGUGGUCUAUGUUCAACGGAAUAUUACUUACACCUCAAUGGAACUUACGCACGCAAGUAAAUCAGCACAGCAGGUCAAGGGUCAAAUGUAAAUGUUUGGUCAGUGAUGGAGGGUUCAGACCAGGGAGAAGGAAUAUUGCUAUCUAACAAAGGACCGGAACUUCUACAGGAUGCUUAACAAUAUGGAAGAAGGAGACCGGAUCAACAUGGAGACGACACCGAUGUUGACACAUCGGGCAAGGUCGAAUCUCCAAAAGGUCUUCAAUCGUCACAAGUUUGAUAAUGAUGACUUGGAAAGAUUGUACAAACGUUACGUGUUUACACUUCAACAAUCUGCCAUACGAUAUAUGCUAGGCGUCCUCAUUAUACUGACAGGUACCCUCUCUGUCCUCAAGUUCGUGUACUUGUCGGGUUUAAGUGUACGCGGGAUCUAUCUGGCUGUUCAGUGUGUGUUAUUUAUAGCAAUAUUUAUAUUCCUUCAUACGAAGUUCAUGAAUGAGUGUUAUUUCAAGAUAGUCUGUUAUCUAUUGUUGGUAUUCCUAUUGUGUUUUGCUGUGAUGGCAUUUCCGUUACAACUGGACCCGGAUGUUCCUGGGCGUGAGCGCCCUCUGUUGGGACCUAUGGAUGGUGUAUGGGAGGUGAUGUUUGUUGUGUUUAUGUUAUAUUCUCUCAUGCCGCUAAUGACGUAUGUAGCAAUCAUAAGUGGGAUUAUACUUCCGGUGUGUCACAUGGCCGUUUCCGCUUUCAUCGCCAACAACUUCCCGGAUUUUCUUUGGAGACAGUUGGUGGCCAAUGGGAUCCUGUUCCUGUGUGUCAAUGUGGCUGGUAUUUUUAUCCAUAACAUCACUCAGCGGUCACAACGAAAGACCUUUGUUGACACAAGGAAUUGUAUAGCGGCCCGUCAGGACAUCGAGGACGAGAAUGAAAAACUGGAAAAGUUGCUCCUCAGUGUUUUACCAGAACAUAUUGCUGUCGAAGUUAAAAAGAACAUCACACAAAAUCCACAGAUGCAACAAUUUCACCAGAUCUAUAUACAGCGACACGACAACGUCAGUAUCCUGUUUGCAGAUAUAGUAGGCUUUACCAGCUUGUCUUCACACUGCUCCGCUCAAGAUCUUGUCCGUAUCCUCAACGAAUUGUUCGGACGCUUCGAUUAUUUAGCCACGAAGAAUCAUAAUAUACGUAUCAAGAUUCUGGGAGACUGUUAUUACUGUGUGAGUGGACUACCAGAGGCCAGAGCUGACCAUGCAAAAUGUUGUGUCGAUAUGGGACUGGACAUGAUAGACGCCAUACACUCUGUGUGCGAAACAAGCGAUGCACGACUGAAUAUGCGCGUUGGUCUGCACACUGGAAGAGUCCUGUGUGGAGUCCUCGGAUUGAAGAAAUGGCAGUAUGAUGUAUGGAGUAAUGAUGUAACUUUGGCAAAUCACAUGGAAUCCGGAGGCGUUCCAGGACGUGUCCACUUGACUAAGGAGACCCUGAGACACCUGGAUGACCAGUACGAAGUAGAACCUGGUAACGGUGGGGAUCGGGACCCGUACCUUCGGGAACAUGGCGUUCAGACCUUCCUCAUCAAGGAAGUGCAUUCACGGAGGACUUCGAACCGUUUUCUGGACAAAAACCUGGAAAAUAUCAAACCAAAGCGUCUGUCAUUUCGCAACGUGUCCAACUGUGUGGUAAGGUUGAUGCAGUCGGUUAGGUUCAACGCCGAAAUACCAUUCUCUAAUGUCCUCACGCCUCCCAACGAGGAGGCCAAGAAACACAAGAACAGCUCGUUCAGUCCUUUCGGAUAUUCAGUUACGGACAAGCGCCGAAAACCGAUAAAGGAAAGACAUUCCAACAAGCCUGCUAUGGAGGACCGAGCUAACAAAUACCUUGCCACCGCUCUGAUGGCACGUAGUGUGGAUAAGGAGAAAAGAGACCAUGUAAACUACAUAACGCUUAGGUUUAAGGAGUCUUCCAAAGAGAAACGGUACCAGGCCUCAGAUGAUUGUUCCUUCGGCAGUAGUAUGAUCUGUUCUCUCGUCAUGUUGAUGUGUACAGCCGGACUUCAAACCGUCAUCCUACCUAGGACGUUACUGUUGCUGAUGUUAUUCCUGGCGUCCUUCUGCUGGAUCGCAAUCGUCCUAAUGCUUAUCCUCAGCGUUAAACUUGGGUGUACUCUAUUCGACAUUCGGAAGUCCUCGGGAUUGCGACAUUUCACCAUGAUUACAACCAUUGUAUUAGUAUAUGCGACAUCACAAGUAAAUGUGUUCUGCUGUCGUGACGCGAUUGGGUAUCGAACUCUCAUCAGCGUCAAUUUCAUCCAGAUGCUAGAUGAGGGACACCUCACGUGCUCUAUCCCGCCAUAUAUCUUCCUGAGUUGUAUAGUGGGCUACAUCUGUGUGUCUAUAUUCCUCAAGUUGGCCGCUCUAGUUAAACUCAUCCUGAUGGCAAUCAUGGCUACCAUCUAUAUAGUAGCCAUAGAGAUCACCCACCGGGGAAUAUUGGAUGGAUUUGAUCAGCAGUCGGGGUCAGUGAUUCCAAGUCACGUGAUCGGAAUCGUUGCUUUGAUAGCCUUCAUGCUGAUGCUGUACCUUCAGGGCCGACAGCAAGAAUGGACAGCUCGUCUAGAUUUCCUGUGGAAGACGACGGCCACGAAAGAAAAGAUUGGAAUGACGGAACUCCAGGACAAUAACAGACAAAUUCUGUGUAACCUGUUACCUGCUCAUGUAGCCGCUCACUUCAUCGACACCCAGACAAAGAGUCAUAUGGCGUUGUACAGUCAGCACUACCCAAAGGUCGGAGUAUUCUUCGCAUCCAUUCCAAACUUCUCGGACUUUUACAUUGAACUUGUUGCAAACAACCAAGGAAUAGAAUGUUUGAGGGUGCUGAACGAAAUAAUAGUUGAUUUUGACGAGUCCCUAAACGAACCUCGGUUUCGCGGAAUCGACAAGAUCAAGACAAUUGGCAGUACUUACAUGGCAGCGGUGGGCCUGAUGCCGGAUAUGAUGAUACAGUCGGACAGUGAGGUAUCAAUGAUCCAUUACCUUGGACUACUGGUCGAAUUCAUAUUUAUAAUGAAGGAAAAAUUAAAAGUCAUCAAUGAAAACUCCUAUAACAACUUCAUGCUCAAAGUUGGUAUGAACAUCGGGCCUGUAGUAGCGGGUGUUAUAGGGGCGAGAAAACCACAGUAUGAUAUAUGGGGCAAUACGGUCAACGUUGCCAGUCGUAUGGAAAGUACUGGGAAACUUAACCAUAUACAGGUUACAGAGGAUGUCUACAGUGUCCUGAAGCAUCAAUACGACUUCAAAUGUAGAGGUCGAAUCAAAGUCAAAGGUAAAGGGGAGAUGGUUACCUAUUUUCUACAAGGUCGAAGAGGUUUAGGGGUCCUUCCUAGUCCAUCUUCACCAACAUUAUCAUCUGGUAAUCAAGUUUUAUUUCGCCCUCCCUCGAAAGAGUCAUUCAGUGGAAGUACUCUCAGUGGUGGACAUGGGCAUCUGGAAACAAAUUUAGGUGUGUCUAGAAACCAAAGUGGUCUCAGUUUGUCAUCUCAAGAUAGCACGCAGCCACGGGAUGUAUCGCGAAGUGAAUCGCUGAAGUCGCAGUCGAGACCGGGCUUGGGGUAUCCCGUUGUUGUCGGUGAGCGACAGAAUAGCCUGGACUCAUCCAAGGGUCUCCCAACACCACCAGGAAGUCUCAACAGGAAACGGUACAGCAACACAAACACAAACGACAGUCCACGAAAUACUACUCGUAAAUCUACCAAUCAUGCUUUACCAACCUGUCUCACAGGUCACAUUUCAGAAACAGAGACAGAAUCUACAUAUGGCGGAAUCGACUCACCGGAACUACCAGUUGUACACUUCGCUAAUAAAAAGUCAACAAACAUGCGGCCUAUUCAUAACUCAUUGUUUGAUAGCUUAAAGGAUGGAAAUGGUGCUAAUGCGUCUUCAGAACAAUGCAGCAUAGGUCAUCCCCCACAUGUUCCCAGAGGUCGAUUUGGAGAAAUACAAAAUAGUCCAACUAGUCCUUCUCGUGGAAGUAACAGUAAUAAAAGGGGGAAUCACAGAGCAUCUGCUCCCGUUGGUCAGAUGUUGCCCUCAUCCUCUAAUGGACAAUUAUCUCCAAGAUACAAGAAUCGCGGGAUGUCAGACAUAUACGAGGACGAUUAUAAUGCUGAUAGUAUGGGUAUAAUUGUUAAUGUUGGCGCCAACAACGACGUGUCGAAGAAGUCCCAGGAUUUUGCACCAGCAAAUAUUCGUCGUAAUCCUAGUAAUCUUUCUAACGUGUCCCAGUCUUCUCACAACUCAGCUGACAGUAAUAGCUCCAGGAGUCGUAUACAGCCACCCCAGUAUGCACAAGUACAGCCUAUCAGAAAGUCAUCAAAAGAGACGAGUAGAGAGAUGCAUACACCCAUGGCUACAUCAAAGCCGUGUCAGGUUGUCAACCCUACUGUUCCAAUCAUUCGACCAACACCAUUGGUACUUUCUGGCUUAGCCCCACCCAUGAAAAAUGCCAUACGCCCAGCUCCAUGUCACCAACCGAGAAAUGUUCAAAGUAUUCAUUCUAGUCAGUACCCCUCGUGCAUGCCAAAUGAUUAUAAUCCUCGAGAUAUCGAACCCGACGAGGAAAUUUCCUCAGAAAGUCGAUUUGCAAUGUCAAACAUUAUGAAAGAACUGGGAAGAGUCGUAGAUCCAAUGCAACCCAACAGACCUCUUAAAUCCGUCCAAAAGCUGUCACCACUAGAUAAAUUCAAGGCUCCCUCACCUCCCCCAGAGGAGAAGUUUGUAACGGCAACAUACCGAGAACCUCUGAGUCCUCAGAAAGCCACCACCUCAUCCCCACAUCUAAGUCCGGUCGGUACUCCUACCAAGGCUACUUUGAUGGAGAAGCCACGACAUGAUUACGUACCGCAACAGUGUAGAACAUCUCCACCCACAUGUUCGCCCCCUCCACCACCUGUGCCUCCGAAACUGCUUGCGAAGGAAACGCGUCGCAAGUCUUCAAGCUCUCGAGCAAGUAGUAGCUCGUCACAAUCGACUCUCACGUCUACCUCCGCCCUCGUAGCGAAUAUUGAUGGCAGGACGAUGUCCAUUCUUCCAAGUCCAGAGACCACGCAACCGACUCCUAAUGUAGGAAAUGCACUGCCAUUGAGGCGUAUACCAUCAGAUGUGACACACGGACAAAAUAUGGACUCUAAACCACCUAGUGUCAGGCGGAGUAACUCUAGUCCUAGAAUGAAAUCAAAAGCAUUACAACCAUCGUUAAGACACAUGGACUUUCUGUGUCCUGUUAUUCAUUCAGACGACGACAAAGAAUCUACAAGCUCUAAGCAAAUGAGCGAGCAUUCUUCUGUAGUAUUGCUGCAACCAAUAGAGUUGAAGCUGUCUAGACCAGCGUAUGUAAAACAGCUGUCGUUUCCCUCAGAGGGCGGGUACGAGCAUUAUACACGUGCAUUUCUUGCCAACACCGAUUUUAUGGUCCCACAUUUGGACAGAAACUUUUCGAGGUCCAGUGACACAAUAUGUAGCAUACCACGAGGACCGCCCACACCAAAAUUUCCCAUUCUUAGUAGUGCGGCAUCUUCAUCACUAACGCAGCUACUACAAGAGCUUGCAGCAGAACGCCCUGUUUCCUCAGAUCUCGAUAAACUCCGGAUAUCCGAGCAGUCACAGGAAAAUGAUCUGGAAAAACAUUUUCAAUCAAGUGGCGAGAAAAACGUCGUAAACGGUAAGCCCCCAGCUCAUGGUAACAACGUGUUAUCAAAUGAACUUGUUGCCCGGCAAGGCGCAUCACGACACCACGGAAGUCCUAAACGAAAGUCUACUACUUCGGCAUCCCCAGCUAAGAAACCAAACCAGCUGCAAUUAUUUGGAGAUUCACCGCAUAAAUUACACAGUAGGAAUGCGAAUCCUUUCCAAGUGAAACGCCGAGGUCACGUUAAUACUCCUCCGAGGCAUUGCAGGAGUCUGGAUUAUAUUCCUAGUGACCGAGAGGACUACGCUUCCUCAGCUGCCUCUUCCGCGUGUGGUAGUCCAAAGUCAAAGCAGCGGGCGUUUAUGAACAACAUUAUGUAUGCCAAUAGAAUAGAACAAUUCUUGUCCGGAAGGAAUGCGUUAGGACUAGAAAGUUUAAGUAUAUCGUCGUUAGCUAGCAGCAGUGAAAUGUCGCGAAGUGAUCCGGCCAUUAACCUUGAUUCCGGCUCCGUCGCUUAUGAAUCGGAGUACGAUAACUACAGGCCGGGGAUGAUGAGUGAUGACGAUUUUUUCGCUAUGGACCCUGUCAGUGACUUUGAUGUGUACGAUGAUGUAGAUAUCGAUAAUAUAACUGUGAGCGACUCCUAUAGCCUCGACCUACCACUACCAUUACUGUCGACGAAAAAGAUAACAGAUGUAUGACAUUGAUACAUUCACUACCACGACAAAGAAUCUCAUGAAUUCAAGACGAAAAAUAUGUGAUCAAUGAUCUGACACGAACAAGAAUCUCAUAGAUGUUGGCAUUAGCAGUGUACAUUCAUGACCGUCAUGAUCUUUAUAAUACCAAGGUCUGAUCGUUGGUUUGCCAUACCAAAUAUCACAUGCAUGACAUUGUGUUGUCAUAUAGAAGUAUUCCUGGACCAAAUUCUGUUUGAUAGUUAGCAGUAAUAUCUAGCAAAAUACUCGUAUCAUCUCUCACCGCUGUAAGUUGUGUUCAUCGUCAUCUGUAAAAUACUCGUUUGAUGUGGCCGUAAUGUACAAGUUGUCGUGCCAACUAUUAUCACAGAUAGGAAAAGGACGUGUGUGGAUUAAUUCUUUGUACCUCUGUCAGAAACUAUUAAAAAUAUGUUAAUGUGAGUUUACGUUUUGUAAUUAACCUUGAAUGUUAUUACAAAGGAGCUUGGAUAGAGGUGGUCGUCAUCAAAAUGUGUGCCCAUGUGGUGACGUCAUCAUUGCUUCCAAAUCAGGUGAAUGUUUGUUUUAUUCUGUCUGAAUUACAACACGAAGGAUGAUGUGUAUUACUGAAUAUGUCUGUAUGCUAGGCGAUAUUAGCCUAUAUGUCAACAUAUUGUUUUACGAUUGUUUAACACAAUACAGCUAGUGAAUGACUUUGAGAGGGGUUGUUGAGAAAGUGCUAUAUCGCAAAUUAAAGGAUGAAGAAAUCAUUGAUGAUGUCCACCGGAUGUGAUGUACACGUUUUCUGUUUAGUAUGAGUACUGGACACCGACGAGUACGUUGGUACAUAACUUUGUCCUAUGAUAUUGCUAAAUGGCAGGUGCUUGUAUUAGAGAUCCCAGAAUUAUUUAUUUAGUGUUAUAUAAGUAAUUUAUUUUUGUAGAAUGAAUAUAAUGUAAAACCUGACACAAACGCGCUAAGCGUUUGGCUCUGAUUUUAACGUGUAUGUUGUUAUGUGUUCAUUACAGUUGUGAUAAUGGUGAUUGGGAGUGUUUGGGUGUGUUAAAGAAGUGAAGCUAUUAUACUGCCACUAGUUUCACAUUUUUCAAACGAAACUUUAUUAUAAACGUAAUUAGUCCAGGCCGGACUCUCUUCGGUCACAAGUUAUAAAAUAUGUGUAAAAAGAGAAAGAUCCUAUCAAUUGUACGCCAGGACCUACCUUCAUGUUUUGAGAAUGAUAUAGAAGGUUAGGACGAAGUAAAGCUUUCACAAAAAAUGGAUAGAUAAAAAUAUCAAGAUACUAUACAGUGUCCGUUGCAAUUAUUUCUUGGACAAGUUUUCACUUUCUGUACAAGAUGAACUGUACGUAUGUGUCUGCCUGGUGAGUGGUAUACAUACGUACCGAUAUUUGCUGCCAAAUCCUGUCCGCCAUAAACAUAGUGAGUAAAAAGUCGUUCCCAAUGUUA